AUGGGGAGUGACAAUUCCACAUCUGGAGGUGGCUUCAUCUUGGUGGGCUUCUCAGAGCAGCCAUGGCUGGAGAGGAUCUUAUUUGUGUUUAUCUUGAUAUUCUACCUUCUAACACUCAUGGGCAAUGGGACCAUCAUUCUGGUCUCAUACCUGGACCCCAAUCUCCACACCCCCAUGUAUUUCUUCCUCACUCAUCUCUCUUGUAUUGACCUCACUCAUGUUACUUGUGUCACCCCUCAGAUAUUGUUUAACCUUCGAGGGUCAGACAAAUCCAUAAGUUUUCUUGGAUGUAUGGUCCAGCUUCUCAUCACCCUGGGUCUCGGGGGCACUGCCUGUAUCCUUCUGGCCAUGAUGGCCUAUGAUCGCUAUGUUGCUAUCUGCCAGCCCUUGCAUUAUUUCACCCUCAUGCCUCCACAGCUGUGCUGGACACUGGCCAACAUAUCCUGGUUUCUUGGUUUCAGCAACUCAUUGAUCCACACCCCUAUCACCAUGACCCUUCCCCGAUGUGGGCACCACCGGAUAAACCAUUUCUAUUGUGAGACACCACCAAUCCUGCAGCUGGCUUGUGUGGACACCACAAAUUACAAGAAGGAAAUUAUGAUAUUAAGUAGUGUCUUUCUUGUCUUUCCUCUCUCACUGAUCUUGGUCUCUUAUGCACGUAUCAUGCAUAAUGUUUUGAGGAUAAAGACUCUUGGUGGGAGGCAGAAGGCAUUUGGGACAUGUGGCUCCCAUCUUAUGGUUGUGUCCAUUUUCUACAGCUCUAUCAUCUAUGUGUAUGUGACUCCCAAAUCAAAGCUCUCUCAUGAUGUGACAAAGUUUGUGGCACUGCUAUAUAAUCUGAUGCCUCCUUUUAUGAACCCCAUCAUCUACACUUUGAGAAAUAGAGAUGUCAAGGAGGCAAUAGGGAAGCUGGUGAUGCAGAAUUCAAAAAAAAGGACAUAG